UCUUAUUUUUUCCUUAUAUUUGACUGAACACUCCUAGUCUUUUCAUUUUAUCUCUGUAUAGAGUAUUUAACGAUUAAUCUUUCGUCUGUUUCUGGUUGACUUGAUCAUUAAGGAUGGUCGUUACAGUUUCGGAUGAAGAAACAUCUUCGUUGUGUUCCUUCGCAUCAGAGUCAACAACUUCGCAAACCUUCUGGACAGAACGUCCUCCUGGUUCUUAUUCCCUGAAAGUCCAGAAUCUCGCACAACUCAUCGGUGAAAAAUACCACACUCGUGGUUUCUUAGUAAAUGGCUACAAUUGGAGAUUAAUUAUAUAUCCAAAAGGGAAUGAAAAGGACAAUGGAAGUGGAUAUAUUUCGAUGUACGUUGAAAUAGACAGCACAAGCGAGGUGUUUGCAUAUCUCACCUUCUUUGUCUAUAACAAGAAAGUAAACAAAUAUUUAUGUAUUCAAGAUACACAAGUGAAGCGUUUUAAUGCACUGAAGAAGGUGUGGGGAUCUUCUCAAAUGCUUCCACUUGAGUUAUUCAAUGAUCCUAAAAAUGGAUAUAUAUUUGAGGAAGAUCAAUGCGAAUUUGGAGUUGAUGUGACGAUUGAUUCAACCCUUACCAACUGGGAAAUCGUCUCUUUUAAUGAGAAUUUUUGUUAUUCCAAAUUCUUCUUUAGUGUCAAGAAUUUCACGAUGCUGAAUGAACAUCUCUAUUACAUGUCUAAUACAUUUUCAGUGGGAGGAAAGACAUGGUGAGAUAAAUAUCCACCUAUGUGUGUGUGCAUGUAUGAUAUAACACGUGCUUAAUAUUCUUGUCUAGGGUGCUAAGGUUUUAUCGCAAGUGCUUCUCUACAUUAGACGACAAAUGGAUCUCCAUUUUUCUGCAUCUAGCCGACAAUGAAAGAUUGUUACCGGAUGAGAGGAUUUACACGCGUGGUCAUUUCCGAGUUCUAGACCCAUGUGGAUCUAAUCACAUCACAGAGAAAUUUAACUGCUGGCACGAUCAAUCAAACUCAGGUUGCGGUCACGACAAAGUGGUGUCAAUGGAUAAGCUCAGGGAGGUUUACUUGGACGAAGAUGACACUUUGAGCGUAGCGAUUGAAUUUGAAGUUAUCUCUGCGACCAGUUACUCUCCCAUCAAUUACUCUGCCAUUAUCUAAGCUCUCCCGCUUCCCCCGUUACUCUCUCUGUCUCAUUAAUUUGCCAAAAAGAACAAAAAAGGCGCAUUUACGUUGGGUUUU